CCAGGGCGUUUUGUGACAUUGCGGUUGUGGCACUAUAGGUGGCGGCGUUCGCCUUAGCGUGGUAAACCAAAGCAGAAGAAGACUGCAUAAAACUCCUUGGCACGGCACCGUCGUGUGUUUUCCUGAGCAGAGUAGCGACCCCGCGUACCGCCGUGUAGGUCGCGACGGGCCUCCGCGCAUCCCGACGUACGGACGCCGUUUUGGCGGAGAGAAGGUGGACCGUCCGCUGGCCACGUGUACAGGAACUGUGCGCCCUGUAACCGCUCCUCUAACGGAGCGUUUCUGGUGCGGUUUUCGGAACACUGUUCUCCCGGACAGUAUUGUCCACCGUAAGCUGGAGGUCAUGUCCAGUAGGAGAAGACCCCGGGCCGGACACCUCCGUGCCGCGUCCUUCGGGAUCCUGCUCGGGAUCCUGUUGGCCGUGGACGGACGACCUGCGAACAUGUCGGCCCAUAAGGACAAAAACCCAAGCAGCAGAGAGGACAACGAGAUCCUUCCACAGGACCAUUUAAACGGCGUGAAGAUGGAGAUGGACGGCCACCUCAAUAAGGACUUUCACCAAGAAGUGUUCUUGGGGAAAGAGCUGGAAGAGUUUGAGGAAGACUCGGAGCCCAAGAAGAGUCGCAGAAAACUGGUUGAAAUUUUUAACAAAGUUGACUUUAAUAAAGACAAUAGUGUGAGCGCUAAGGAGAUGCAGCGCUGGAUCAUGGAGAAGACAGAAGAGCACUUCCAGGAGGCUGUGAGGGAGAACAAGCUCAGCUUCCGUGCUGUGGACCCAGAUGGAGACGGACAUGUGACAUGGGAUGAAUACCGGGUGAAGUUUUUGGCCAGCAAGGGCUUCAAUGAGAAGGAAGUGGCUGAGAAGAUAAAGAAUAAUGAAGAACUCAAAGUGGACGAGGAAACCCAGGAAGUGCUGGAGAGUCUGAAGGACCGCUGGUUCCAGGCAGAUAACCCUCCAGCAGACCAGCUGCUGAACGAGGAGGAGUUCCUGUCCUUCCUACACCCAGAGCACAGCAGAGGCAUGCUGAAGUACAUGGUGAAGGAGAUCAUCCGAGAUCUGGAUCAAGAUGGGAAUAAGGAACUGACCCUGUCCGAGUUCAUCUCCUUGCCCAUGGGAACGGUGGAGAACCAGCAAGCUCAGGACAUCGAUGAUGACUGGGUCCGUGAGAGGAAAAAGGAGUUCGAGGAGGUUAUUGACACAAACCAUAAUGGCAUUGUCACCAUGGAAGAGCUUGAGGAGUACAUGGAUCCCAUGAACGAGUACAAUGCCCUGAACGAGGCCAAGCAGAUGAUUGCAGUGGCUGACGAGAACCAGAACCACAGCCUAGAACUGGAGGAGAUCCUCAAAUACAGCGAGUACUUCACCGGGAGCAAGCUCAUGGACUACGCCCGCAAUGUACACGAGGAGUUCUAGGACACUUUCCCUCAGACCCUCGAAAGCAAGCAAACAAGCAAACAUCCUCUUCCAUCCAAACAGGCAGAUAUAAGUAUAUGUUUGCAGUGGAUUGGGUACGUUUCUUCUAGCCAGGGUUUGGGUUGGUGUAUAGGGGAAUGUUAGAGCGCCUGUGUGUUGGGUUGUUUUGAAGGGAUAUCUGGAAUGUUGCAUGCUCAGCCUUUCUGUUGUCUCCAACAUAGAUUAUUUGGAGGAUUCUGGUAUUCCUAAUUUCAUGCAGCUCUUGCCUUCCUCUAGAGCUCCACUUUCUCAAGCCCUGUGUUCCAUGGCUUUUUAGUGCAUUCUAGACACUGUGUCACUUUCAUGAAUCGUUGGAGUGAUAUUUGAUAUUUAGAGAUAUGUAUGUAUAUGAGGAGUUUAGGGAGGAAAUAAUUGCUUUGAGCUAUAUCUUUUGUUUACCUUAUACAUGGAGGUGGAAUAAAAGAAAUGACUAAAUAAUGUAAAUAAUAAUGUUCUUUGGAAAUGGCAUAAUGUAUACAAAUUUGACUCUCACCCAGGGGUUUUGGAGAUGUACUAAAAUUAGUGGCUUCACCAAGAUUUGCAUCUUGAACUGAGGACAUCUGAGUUCAAGGGCGUACAAAAAAUGAAACGUAAUGUUAAAACAAGGUGUGUAAAAAAUAAAUAAAUAAAUAUAAUAAUAAUAAUAGUAUUUAUAGAUCAUAAAUUUGAUUUAUGCACACCACUCAAGAUGCCUAGUAAUGUAGUUAGUAAAUAGACAAUACGUGCAUUUUCAUAACUGGGGAGAAAUAUUUUCAACCUUGUUUGACCAAUAUUACUGUUUGCACAUUUGUUACAGAGAGAUUUAUCAAGACGUCCCUUAACUAGUUUGUCACAGAGACUGCCAUUCUUAUUUUACAGAGAUAUAUAAAACAAAGUGGGGUCUGAGACAAUUUAGUGAUUUCUAAUUUGUUCAUUUCCAGGCAAUUCGUAGUGUUUGUAGUAAGUCUCUUACAGUCCCUGACAGAAUGUUAAACACAGUACUGUCUUAGGUUUUCCAUUCUUCCUUUUAAAAUGACACUCAUCUAAUGUCCAAUUUUAAAAAUAAAAUUAUGUGCAUGGACUAGCCUUCUGACUUUUAAAGGCAACAUUUGGCCUUGCUUUUUUCAGUACUUGCUGUGUAAAAUUAGAGUAUGUAGUUGGAAAUAUUUUUAUUUUUCCAAGGAGAGUGUCAUAUAAGUGUGAAUUGAACAAACUGAGAGGUGCUUUGCUAAGAACUACUUUGCUUUGUGUCUGAUUCUGUCCCCAUGCUGUGUGCUUUCAUGGCUAAUGUAUUACCUCCUUGUGCAUGAUACCAUUUGACAACACCAUCUAUGUACAGUAUGCUGACCUACAGUAUAACGCCCUCAUCCUGUGGAAAUGCUAGAUUUAAAGGCAUUUGACUGAGCCGUGUGCCCAUACUUUAUUUCACAUUGCUGCAUAUUUUGAAGCUCUGAAAUUCAUUGUAUUGCAAUUUAUGCAUUAAACAAUGCAAUUGUGUGUUUUUUGGUUUUU